AUGGCAGCUUCUUCCCGCCAAAAGGUCGUUGUGGUAGGUGCGGGACCCGUGGGGUCCCUGGCGGCGCUGUAUGCGGCCAGCCGAGGCGACGAAGUUGAAGUAUACGAGUUGCGCGGAGGUACGUUACAGUUGCUUACUCCUUAUGUUUAUGCCCUGAAGAUGAGCGAGGAUGAGGAGGAGAUCUGCGCAAAGGCUGCGAACAUGCAUGCGCUGGUGGUGGGAGAUGAGCUCCAACACUUGAAUCUCCGCGAUCCCGCGACGGUGCCUUUGAACUUCACCAAGUCGAUCAACUUGGCUCUCUCGGAGCGCGGUAUUACUUCAAUUCAGCAGUCGCACCGGUCCGGUCUGAUCGACGAUGUACUCCGUGAGACUAUCCCCAUGUACGGGCGGAUGAUCCACGGCCGAGAGAGUGGGCAGUUGUGGGAGGCCGCACAGGCCUAUGACAUACACGGCCGAGCAAUUAAUGCAGUGGAUCGGAGUACUCUCAAUAAUGCUCUACUCGACGAGCUCGAGCGCAGCCCUAAUGUCAAGCUCUUCUUCAACCAUAAGUUGACCGGUGCAGACUUCCGCACCAACAAAGCUUGGUUUGAGCGUCGCAUCCCUGGUGAGACUCCUCAGCCAGAUUCCCUCGGUGUUGCUGGGCGUUCCCCUGAGAUCGAGGUGUCAUACGACUACCUGAUUGGCGCCGAUGGUGCGCACUCCGCCGCUCGCUUCCAUAUGAUGAAGUUCGCCCACGUCGAUUACCAGCAAGAGUAUAUUGACACAUUAUGGUGCGAGUUCCGUAUCCCGCCCUCGGAGAAGGGAGAGUACCGAAUCUCUCCCAAUCAUCUUCACAUUUGGCCCGGGCGCGAGUUCAUGUUCAUUGCACUCCCCUCGGCCGACAAGUCAUUUACAUGCACGCUCUUCGCGCCAGAAGCAAACUACACCGCGCUGGAAAAUGCGCCCCAUAACCUACACGCGUUCUUCGAUGAGCAUUUCCCCGGUGUCUGCCCGGAACUUAUCGACCCCGAGGCUCUGAAUGAAUCGUUCAAUCUGAACCCUCACCUGCCAAUAAUCAGUAUUAAGUGUCGGCCUCACCACUAUAGUUCCACUGUUGUAAUCCUCGGCGAUGCAGCUCACGCCGUCCUCCCCUUCUACGGACAGGGCCUCAACGCCGGCCUGGAAGACGUGCGAGUCCUAUUCGAGCAACUCGACAAGCACGGGGUCUACGACCCCGACACCAGCGUGUACACCCGCAGCGUCAGACGCCAAGCGGCAUUCCAAGCAUACACAGACGUGCGCUGUGACGACGCACACGCGAUCAACGAUUUGUCGAAAGAGAACUUCCUCGAAAUGAGAGCGGGAGUCAAGUCCCCUUUGUAUAAGCUACGGAAAUCAAUCGAGGAAACCAUUGACCGUCGCCUUCCUUUCCUUGGCUGGAGGACCCAAUAUGCUCGCAUCAGUUUCAGUACACAGCGGUACUCAGAAGUUGUACAGGCGGUCCGGCAUCAGAGCGAGGUACUAGGAAUCGGUCUGACCUCGGCUUUGGUUACGGGUGCUGGGGCACUGUCAGUUUUCAUGUGGAAAUACCCCCAUCUUUCCCCCGUGUCGCUCUUUCAAUGGACACUACACAGUUUGGCGAAGGGUUUGUCACGUCUUUCCCGGUAG